AUGGCAAACAACGUACACAUUAUGCGCAAACGCCUCCGCUCCAGCAUCUCCAAAUCCAUCAAAAAGCUCCGCACCUCUCUCUCCUCGAACCCCUCAUUCCGCCGCCCGAGCAACAAAGGCAAACAGCCGCAAUACGACCUCCCCCAACAAGACCGCACCAACAGCGCCUCCACCACCUCCACGACAUCGUGGUGCUCCCCCUACCCUCGCGCCGACAGUUGCACGCCUUCUCCCAUCGCCUGCAGGUGCGGCAGCGUCGCGCCCGGCUCGCCGUGUCGCUGCUCCGCCUCACAGUGCACCUGGACGCUACAGGCUACCUCUUCCGUGCGGCCUCCGGGACUGGGCGAACCGGGUCCUUCAGACUGGAUGGAGAGAGGUACGUUUACUUUGCGGUGGAACGAGAGUGAGGAAGAGGUGCUGAGGACGAGGGGGUCGUCGGUGGACGAGGGCGAUGUGUGGUGGCGGGCUUAUCCGCGCCGCGAGUUGAGGGUGGUCAACCAUGGGAGAAAUGAUACUGCGUCGCUGUCGUCGUAUCACACUUGUCCCGUCCCUGCUGAGCCCAUGAGGCCGACGGUGAGGCUUGUGCCGCAGCGUGCGGAGGUGGUGGCGUGA